AUUUUCCUAUACCUAGCAAGAAUCUUACCUAUAGUGGCGCUACUCCCAGUGGCGGUCUCAAACUUUCUGGGACUGGCCAUUUUCAACACGCAAGAGAAUCAACACAAACUAAAAUCUUCAACUCUAUUUGCGCCUUUCAUUUGUUUCCGAGUAUUUGUUGACAACGAUACUAUCUUUUCCGGACAAAUGAGAUCAAUCGUCGAACAAAAUAUUAAGACUUGCCUAAACGUCGGCUUACGGAAUUUUAUUUUCGAUGUUGUGACUGAACGAUCCUUAGGACUAGUUCCAUUGAAUUAUCUUCGUGAACUCAUAGUGCCAUCGAAAUACCAAACAGUGUUAAAUAGUCAAAGGAAGUCUCGUGCCUGGCAAUAUUGUCUUGAAGAAGGCGUUAAUUUAUUUUCUUAUGACGACUGGAUAGUUCAUUUGAAUGUGGGAACUGAAAUGUCCAAUAAUUCUGUGAUAAGCAUUGCUAAUUUUAUAUAUGAUAACAAAUUUUUAAUAGGUCAAGGACAAGUGACUUGCAGAAGCACAUCAGCUAAUGUAAUUUCUGUUAUGUCCGAUUCACUUCGCAUUGCAAUGGAUUAUGGAAUGUCGCGAUUUGGUCUCCGAUGUAUGAAUAUGCCUCUAUUUGGUGUUAAAAGUACAUUUCUCUUGUGCAACGCUGGAGUGGAAAACAGUAUUGGAUUUGAUUUCGGUAGUAAACCAGACAUGACUGUUGAGAAUAUGAUGGUGUUGAAGGCCUGGCAGCAAGGACACAAAGUGGGACACAUUGAUUGUGAAAUGUAUGAAAAAGAAACUAAUUCAGUAUUUCAAUUUGUUAACCAAAGAUGCUUAUUUAUAUCUGAAAUCCUACAAACUAUCUCAAAUACUCAUGUAUUUUUUAUAUACAAAAUAGGAAUUUUCAUGGCGCUUGCACACACCAUGUUAAUGCAUUUUGCAAUAUCAUAUUUCGUCCUCCAUUUUAUAUUCCCUUUAUCCGGCACUAGACCAUUUACAUUGGUGUACGGAUUUAUUUUUGGGUUAAUAUAUUUCAUGAAUGUAUUCGGUGCCUUUAAAACUCAUUCGUUUCAUAUUAGGGACAGUAUAAAACUAUUGGUGUUGACAAUACUUAUGGUUCCGUUCAGUUUACUGAUUGAAAGUUCCGCUCUGUAUCAAUUCCUAUUUUCAAAACAA